AUGGCAACCCAGGUGUCAGAUGUCGGCCUAGCUCAAGAUGCUGCCAAGGCUAUUAACACCUUUGCAUUUAGUCUCUUCCGAGUGUUGACUGAGGGAGGAAGCUCCAACAACAACAUCUUCUUUUCUCCUAUGAGCAUCUCCACUGCACUCGCUAUGACCUUCAUGGGGGCACGUGGUGAGACAGCAAGCCAGAUGAGUCAAGUACUUCACUUCAACAUCUUAGAAGAAUCUGUUCUUCAUCAGUCAUUUGCUGACCUGAGAGCUCUGAUUUUCAGUCCUGAAGCUUCCGCUGGUGAGACAGCAAGCCAGAUGAGUCAAGUUCCUUCCUCCAAAAGCUCAGAAAAAUCUGCUCCUCAUCAGUUAUUUGCUCGCCUUCGGGCUCGGUUUUUGCGUCCUGCAACUCCUUGCACUCUGGUAGCUGCCAACAGAUGCCAACGUCCUGCAACUCCUUGCACUCUGGUAGCUGCCAACAGAUUGUUUGGUCCGAAGGGUUUGGAUGUCUUUGCGACAUUUGUUGACGACAGCAAGAAGUACUACGGAGCCAGUAUGGAAAUUCUUGAUUUCAUUGGUGAUGGGGAAGGUUCUCGUCAACACAUCAACUCCUGGGUGGAGAAGCAAACUGCAAACCGCAUCAAAGACUUACUUGCUGCAGGAUCAAUCGAUGAUAUGACUCGCUUGGUGCUGGUCAAUACUAUCUACUUCAAAGGAGAUUGGGCGGCCAAGUUUGAUUAUCAGGACACAAAUUUUAAUGGGAAGUUCCGUACUUUGGGUGGGUCCGAGAAUGUUACCAUGAUGCACCAGACAGAAAAGUUCAACUACGCUCGUGACGAUUCCGUGAGCAGUUCCAUCCUGGAGCUACCUUACCUCAAGAAUGAAGUGAGCAUGUUCAUUGUGUUACCUGAUCAAGUGGAUGGGCUGGCUGAUCUGCAGAAGAAGUUGAGUCAAGAGAAGAUUGACUCUUGGGUGACGGAAGCUCGUAUGCGUGACAGCCCUACUGUCAUGGUGUAUCUUCCAAGGUUUAAUCUGGAGCAGGACUUUGUCUUGAAUGAUGUCUUGAGGAAGAUGGGUAUGAAUGAUCCAUUUGAUGUUGCCAAGGCUGACUUCUCAGGGAUGACAGGAGACAAAGAUGUCUUCAUAUCCAAAGCGAUCCAUAAGGCUUUCUUAAAGGUGAAUGAAGAAGGGAGUGAGGCAGCAGCAGCUACAUCUUGGUUAAUAAGUAAGGGUCUCUCUUAUGGACCUCUAGAAUUCAUGGCAGAUCAUCCAUUCUUGUUGUUUAUAUAUGACAAUAAAUCCGGAGCAGUUCUGUUUAUGGGACAGCUGUGCCAACCAGAACAGUAGACUUUAAUUGUGUGGCGAAGUACGGAGAACUGUCAAUGACUGUAGAGCUGGUGUCUUGAACUACCUAAACUAAAGAAUACUUGAUUGAUAAUGCACCUAUACAUGUACAUGUAUAUAUAAUCUUCUGAACAAAAAAAUGUUCCCGUACAAUUGGUAUACUAAACAAAGUAUAACAAAACAUAAAGAUGGAAUAAGCUCCUGUUCUUGAACUGUUGCUUUUUGCUUUUAGUUUGUGGAGAAGUUACAUGUAAGGACUUCAGGUAAGAGAUUUUGUCAUGUUGAAUUGAUAAAUAUAAUCUUCUGAACAAAAAAAUGUUCCCGUACAAUUGGUAUCCUAAACAAAGUAUAACAAAAUAUAAAGAUGGAAUAAGCUCCUGUUCUUGAACUGUUGUUUUUUGCUUUUAGUUUGUGGAGAAGUUACAUGUAAGAACUUCAGGUAAGAGAUUUUGUCAUCUUGAAUUGAUAAAGCAAUUAAUUUUGUUUUGUUGCUAGGGGAUGGACAGUGAAACAAAAAGUGUACCACAGAAGCUCGUAAUGAAUACAACAUUAAUAACAUUAUUCACAGAUUCUACAUGUAUAUAAAAAUAUGGAUGUUUAUGAUCAUGAAAUAUUUGAAUUGCGACUGACAGACUAAUGUAUUUGCAACAGGCGUUUAUUUCAGCGUGGCACAUAUUUGAGAUGUGAAAUGAGGUUAUAAUAAUGAAUACAGAAAGUUGGAUAAAUUUAUGAAUACUUGA